CGAACCACGCGUGUUGUCAGAUCAGGAUCCACAGCAACUGAAGUCAAGUUUUUGAUCCAGUCCUCGGUCCAUUUAAAACCGCGGUGAUGGGGGAGCGGAGUCGGCUGUGCUCUGUGUGGUUGGGCUCGGAGACUGGCAUCCUGAAGGGAGUCAGUGUGGCCCAGAAACAGGCUUUUAACUUCUGCAACACGAGCCACUUGAGCCGCGACCAGGAGGUCCGGGCUCUGUGCUGGGGAGACCCCGCGGAGAGUGAGCUGCUGGUCGGCUCCGUGGACGGCUUCGUGAAGACGUUCAGCACCGAGAAGGGCGAGUUCACGGAGUCCCGGCGCUGCGGGGACCCGACGGAGGGCUGCUUCACCGGACUGGCCGCACUCAGCGACUCUGCGCUGAUCACCUGCGGGGAGCACGGUGCGUUGCGGGUCUGGAGGGAGGACAGCGGCGAACCCGUCACAGAGCUGGACGCCGGGAAGAACGUGAGCAGGAUGCGACAGAGUCCGGUUCACCCACACAAGGUGGCGACCGGCGGGAAGGAGAACGGACUGAAGAUCUGGGACCUGGAGCGGCCGGAGAAACCCGUGUUCACCGCCAAAAACCUGCGGGACGACUGGCUGGACCUGCGGAGGCCGCACUGGGUCAGAGACAUGGCCUUCAUCCCGGACUCCGACAAAGUGGUCACCUGUACAGGCUUCCACCAAGUCCAUGUCUUUGACCCGUCCUCCCCUCAGCGCCGUCCUGUGCUGGAGGCCGAUUACGGAGAAUACCCUCUCACAGCUCUGUCGCUGCCCUCGACUGGUAACACGGUGGUGGUGGGGAACACCCAUGGUCAGAUUGCCAUGCUGGACCUGAGGAAAGGUCUGGUCCGUGGCUGCCUAAAGGGGCUGGCGGGGGGUGUGCGGUGGCUGCAGUGUCACCCCUCCCAACAGGUGGUGGCGUCCUGUGGGCUGGAUCGCUUCCUCCGUAUUCAUGACCUGGAGGACCACAAGCUGCAGCACAAAGUCUACCUCAAGUCCAGACUCAACUGCCUCCUGCUGUCCAGCCGCAACCUGGAGGAUGGAGGAGCAGGGGCAGAAGAGGGCAAUCAGGAGGUGAAGAAAGAGGAGGGGGGGGAGGAGGAGGAGGAUGACGAAGUGUGGGAAACGAUGGAGCAGGUGAAGGAGGUGGAGAAGCCAAAGAGAAAAACAACAAUAACGGAGGAGGAGGAGGAAGAAGAAGAACAACCACAACCACAGAAGAGCAAGAAGAAGAAGAGGAAGAAAGGACAAGACUGAGAGGUGUUUGAGGUGUGAUCAGUGUGGGACAUUUGAAAACUGUCAGACUGAAACACAUGAUUAUAAGACCAAGACUCACCUGAACAGUCUGAGAACGUCAUGAAAACACAGUUGUGCCUUCACUCAUCUUCUCUGUCAUUUAACAGCCAAUAAAACUUCUUUUUAAAUGAGUAACAGAGAUAACUACUUGUCACCCACAGUAAAUGCAAACAUGUUUCAACAUAAUUGUUUUCAUAAUCAAUUAAUCUGUUUUUUUUUAUUGAUUAACCAAGUUAUUUUGUCAAGAAAAUUGUCAAAUGUUGAUUUGUUCACAAUAGCAGUGUCCUCAAAUAUAUUUUUAUUUUUGUCUUCAAGCAGCAAAGUAAAACUAGAAAAUAUAAAUCUAUUAAAAGAAACUUUUAAUAGUACACAAACAGUAAAAAUCAUCACUGUACUCAGACCAAGGAUUGAAAAAGCAGUGAUGUUUCAAAACUGUUUUGCUGCAUUGACUCACACCUAUACAUUAAUGUUAAAUGAACAUUAAUAUUUAAGGUCUUUAUUGAUGAAAAUGUCUGUUCUCAGUUUGUCAAUAAAGAUUGAAUCUGA